GAAGACAGCGCCUUGCUCUCAGUUACUAGUACUCGUGAAGCUGAGAGAUGCGGCUUUCUUUCAAGUUUUCGAUUUAUACCGACGAUGCUUUUCCCCUUUUAUCAUCCCCAAAACUUAAAUCUUUCCUGCGGCACGCAACGCUCUGCAGUCCAGCUCAACCCAGUGGAGGAGAGGAAUUACCUCCGUCAGGACGGAGAUGCGCAAUUGGCACCGUCGGUUGUACAAGUGACUUGGUAAGAUACGCUUUCUCUGAACCCCAACCGCCCGUCGCUGCAUCAUUUCAACAAGCUUCAUGUGAGAUCUCUUCCCCCUUUUAAACGUCAUGUCUGACGCGCGCCCAGCUCGGACCCCAUCACUGUCUCUGCUCAGAGUCCCAGCUUUUCACCGCCGGCCGGCGCAGAGCCGCUGAUCGUGCCUGCGAGAGCUGAGGAAAGGUUUUUAUUCAACUUGGGAUCCGGAGGUCUAACAUUUGGCGUGUUGCUGGCGUCUACAAGAAGGAAGGAGAGAUGCUGUAUGCCUCCACUGUGCGUCCUCUUGCUACCUAUUUAGCUAAAGAAACACGAACUCUCCACCCUUAACGGUAUCGGGAAAUCUUGACGGCGUCGUAAGAGACAAGGAAAAGAAAUCUCAUCCUUUGCCACUUGACACCCACACCCGCCCCCUCUUCACCAGUAACCCGCGCAGUGUUAAUAGCGUUUCAAGGCGUAUGCGUGGCUAAUUCAGUAUUUCACGCGGCUGCGCGGGAUGUCUGGCAAUUAAAACGACAUCGUGGAUUUCCUGUCGACCUGUCCAGGCGUGCUGGCGCACCGCGAGAGAAUAAAUGAAAUUUAAACGCAGGUACAAGUCUUCGCCUCCACGGCGCGUUGAAGAGGCUGGAAUACACCUCUCCAGUGACCUUAUCCGUGAUUUUAUUUCUCUUUCCCUGAGAUUACGGCUGUGUAUUUGGAUUGAACCAACAUUGUAAAUCAUUGCAUUCCUAUAUGCCCCAGAGCUGAACACUUCUUUAAAGUUUUUGAAGAGGACACCGGCCCCGCCGCUAACUGGAUUUGAUUUAUAAGAGGAAGCUCUGCAGUAAAUGGCGUUGCUCUUGCUAUCGCUGAGAUGGAAAACAGCAUUGUCGAUAGGAUGUGUCCUGAUGAAUAGCGGCGAGUGAAGAUGUGGCUUCUUCUGUGUGUGUGAAAUCGAUGGGAAAUAACUUGCCAUGAGAAGAGUCUUUGAGGGCUUUGACAGUGCUGCGCUCAGGAGGCUCGAUACGCUUCUCUUUGACCCCCCUGUUUGGCACCUCAGGAGUGGAUAUAAAUAGGGUUCCUUUCGCCCCUCCGCUGCAGAGAUCUUUGCUGCUGCUGCUGCUCUUUCCUGGUUGGGUGGAUUUGUGGCCCGGGCUGUGGGGGAGGGGAGCCAUGUCUCUGCACAAGCCCGCUCGGCUGAGCUGCGUGUGGAGAGGGAGGGGGCUCCGGCUCGGCUCCGGGGUCGACGGCCCCUUCGUUCUCUGGGUUCUGGGAUUUACGCUCCAGGCCGUCGUGGCCUCCUCGCAAAAGCUGGACGACACGGACCCGGUGGUGACCACCAAUUACGGCAAGGUGAGGGGAUUUAAAAAGGAACUCAACAACGAGAUCCUGGGUCCUGUAAUCCAGUUUCUUGGGGUACCUUAUGCAGCGCCCCCGACUGGAGAACGGCGUUUCCAGCCUCCGGAGCCCCCAUCCUCUUGGUCCGAUAUCCGCAACGCCACCCAGUUCGCCCCCGUUUGCCCCCAGACCAUCCUGGAAGGAAGGUUACCGGAGGUCAUGCUUCCUGUGUGGUUUACUAAUAGCCUGGAGGUAGUCUCAACAUAUGUCCAAGACCAGAGCGAAGACUGCCUUUUCUUAAACAUAUAUGUCCCAACCGAGGAUGUAAAAAGAAUAUCCAAGGAAUGUGCCAGGAAACCCGGCAAGAAAAUAUGUAGAAAAGGAGGUCCCCUUACAAAGAAACAGAACGAUGAUUUAGUCGAUAAUGACGGUGCAGAGGAUGAAGACAUCCGUGAGAGUGGGAGCCCGAAGCCAGUGAUGGUGUUCAUCCACGGAGGCUCGUACAUGGAAGGAACAGGAAAUAUGUUUGAUGGAAGCAUCUUGGCAAGUUAUGGGAAUGUCAUUGUCAUCACUGUUAACUACCGGCUUGGGGUGUUAGGUUUUUUAAGCACUGGUGACCAAGCAGCAAAGGGAAACUAUGGGCUCCUUGAUCAAAUUCAAGCCUUGCGCUGGACGAGCGAGAACAUUGCUUUCUUUGGUGGUGACCCAUUACGCAUAACUGUUUUUGGAUCUGGGGCUGGUGCCUCUUGUGUCAAUCUCUUGACUUUGUCCCAUUAUUCUGAAGGUAACCGUUGGAGCAAUUCAACCAAAGGACUUUUCCAGCGGGCGAUUGCGCAGAGUGGCACGGCUCUCUCCAGCUGGGCGGUCAGUUUCCAGCCGGCCAAGUAUGCCCGCAUGCUGGCCAGGAAGGUGGGCUGCAACCUGCAGGACACAGUGGAGCUGGUGGAGUGCCUCCAGAAGAAGCACUACAAGGAACUGGUGGACCAGGACAUCCAGCCAGCCAGAUACCACAUAGCCUUCGGGCCGGUGAUCGACGGGGACGUGAUCCCCGAUGACCCCCAGAUCCUGAUGGAACAGGGGGAGUUCCUCAACUACGACAUCAUGCUGGGGGUCAACCAGGGCGAGGGGUUAAAGUUCGUGGAGCUCAUAGUGGACAACGAGAAUGGGGUGCAGGCCAACGAUUUCGACUACGCCGUCUCUAGCUUCGUCGACGACUUGUACGGCUACCCGGAGGGGAAGGACAUUCUGAGGGAGACCAUCAAGUUCAUGUACACGGACUGGGCCGACAGGCACAACCCCGAAACCAGGAGGAAGACCCUGCUGGCCUUAUUCACCGACCACCAGUGGGUGGCGCCAGCGGUGGCCACUGCGGACCUCCACUCCAGCUUUGGGUCUCCUACCUACUUCUACGCCUUCUACCACCAUUGCCAGACGGAGCAGGUGCCCGCCUGGGCAGACGCCUCCCACGGGGACGAGAUCCCCUACGUGUUCGGGCUGCCCAUGAUCGGCCCGACAGAGCUCUUCCCCUGCAACUUCUCCAAGAACGACGUCAUGCUGAGUGCGGUGGUGAUGACCUACUGGACUAACUUCGCCAAGACCGGCGAUCCCAACCAGCCAGUUCCUCAGGACACAAAGUUCAUUCACACCAAGCCCAACCGAUUUGAAGAGGUUGCCUGGACCAGGUAUAGCCAGAAAGACCAGCUGUACCUCCACAUCGGCCUGAAGCCCCGAGUGAAGGAGCACUACAGAGCCAACAAGGUCAACCUUUGGCUGGAGCUCGUCCCCCACCUGCACAGCCUGAACGAGGUCACCCAGAUCAUUUCCACAACCACCAAGGUCCCACCUCCCGAGGUGACACCCCGGACCUCCAACAAGAUCCCCGUCAUCACCAAGCGGCCCGUGACCACCCCUUUCCCCACGGAGAACCAGGAGAGCCAGAACCAGGAGACGGGUCCGUUUCUGGAGGACCAGCGGGAUUACUCCACGGAGCUGAGCGUCACCAUCGCAGUGGGGGCCUCCCUGCUCUUCCUAAACAUCUUGGCCUUCGCCGCCCUGUACUACAAGAAGGACAAGAGGAAGCACGACGUGCACCGGAGGUGCAGCCCGCAGCGCAACACCGCCAACGACCUGGCCCACACGCAGGAGGAGGAGAUCAUGUCCCUGCAGAUGAAGCACACAGACCUCGACCAUGAAUGUGACUCCAUGCAUGCCCACGAGGUGGUUCUGAGAACUGCCUGCCCCCCAGACUACACGCUGGCCAUGAGACGGUCGCCGGACGAUAUUCCGCUAAUGACCCCCAACACCAUCACCAUGAUCCCCAACACCAUACCGGGGCUCCAGCCCCUGCACUCCUUUAAUACCUUCAGUGGUGGCCAGAACAGCACCCUGCCUCACCCCCACCCCCACUCACACUCCACCACCAGGGUAUAGCCAGGGAACAAUUCAUGAGACAAAAAAAAAACGAUUCAAAAAACUUUUCCUCCUCCUCCUGAGUAGUCGUCACGGUGAGUCUGGUACUGCUGAGGCUGAAAGGGAAAAUGUAAUUUUUUUGUAAAAAAAAGCAAACAAAGAAACUGAAGGAUACGUUUUGUUUUUCUGGUAUCUUGACAAACCGAACUCAGCUUUCCCAGAGCUGGUUCACACUUGAGUGGUCUCGGCGCGGUUGUUCCGAUGCAGUCGUCCGAGGGGGGAAUCUCAAAUUCUGCAGAAGGGAAGGAGAAAAAGAAGAGGGGCGGAGUUCCUCGACCGAAGGAAAAGGGAAAUGUCCCACUGGCGGCUUUGAAGCGCAAACGACUCAUUUCUGAAGACAAGAGGAGCCGCCACGCCCAGAACUUGGGCAUAUGUUAACGCCUGCAAGGGAAGGAUUUCAAGCACGGGAAAAAGACAACCGUUUCACAAAUAUUAUGCACAAGGGAGACAUUCGAGAGAUGUCUUGGAUUCUUUUCAUCCGUUUAUUUUUUUGGAACAGUUUUAUUGUAUAGAACCUAUUUACAUAUCUAGAUAUGUAGACAAAGCACCAAUGCUGUUAAUGCCCUGAUGGGCACCGAUUCUGCGAUCUGCCAGUGGAAGAAAAGGGGAUAAUGGCACUCUGGCAGAUACAGCUUCAUCACAUAAGUGCUGUCUAUACCAAGAGCUGGCGGACAGGGGACCUGGAUAUUUUUAGCACGAUUGCGCAUGACAAUUUAUCUGCUUGGUGGCUGUUCUGCUGAUUAAGUUGUAAUUAAAAUAAUUUUCAUCCCCAUUGGAAUUUGUUUGAAGACGUACUUCUCUGACGGGCUGUGGCCCAUGGAGUAAUGCGCAAGAGCAGGGACAGGGGUCCGGGCUGGGAGGAGGGGGGCAGGAACUACAGUAAUUACAGUACGUACACAAUAGCUACAGUGAACAUGGUUAAAAAAGACUAGUUUUGUACAAUGUGUGUUGGUACAACUUUUUAAUAGUGGUGAAGACUCGCUGUUAUAAAUCCCAAAUGAGGGAAUCUUUCAUUUAUCUCUCUUUUGUCAGUGUUAUCUGCAAUUUUCCAUCCUUGGUUUUCUGAUCCCCUUUUUAGCCUGUCACCACCAUCACCAUGAUCACAGAGAAGUCAUUUCCUCCGGAGUUUCUGUCCUUUUAUACAGCAGAUAUUUUGUUUAUGCAGGAAAUCAAUAAACAUGCCACUUGAGUAUUUGAUUGGUUGCAAUAAAUUCUCAUAAGGCAUGUUCCCUAACAUCUAAAUUAAGAUUCGUGUUUCUGUUUUUUUUAAUAUACUGUAACAGAAGGGUUACAGCACAGACACCACAAACUGGAAAAUUGUUCCUAACCUAUAGCUAGAAUUUCAGACUGAAGUCCUAGGACCAGCUAUAGGAAGGUAAUGGCUGGUCUCGCAGCAGAUGUCUGUGGAUAUUUGUGUGGUGCAGAGUCAGUUCCCUUUACUAGUCCAGCUGUCAUAGGAUUCCCAGAGUUCUCACACAAAGUAAAAAUGCUAAUAUUCCCUUUUCCUGGUUAACCUCUCUUAACAUGCGUGUGAGCAUGAAAACUCAUAUUGCGCGACUUCUUUUCCACUUGAUGACAGAACCAGCUCCUUAAUGACUAAAUUAUUAAUUAGCAGGAUUAAAAUAGUAAUUAGCCUCGCUGGUUUUAUAAAAGUACAGCAAUGGAUUGCAUUAUCAGGGUUGCAGGUUGAGUCUGAGUGACCCUGCAAUAGGUUUGUUUUGUGCCCAUGCAUACAGUAUACAGGAUGCAGUACUUAGACUUUAGUUUUUACUUUCCGUAAAGUCUGUGUGCUGAAAACGCAUUGCCAGAAGUCCCAUCUCCCUGGACCCAGGCCAUUCAAGGUCAUCCCUGUGUCCUGCACACCUGUGUGACAGCUCUGUCUGCUCUGCCCUUGUGCUAUCAGAGUGCUGCUUCACUCUGCCAGAUGGUGUUGUGAGCAUGACGAACGGCAACGUGUCCUCUAGACAUAACAAACCAUAGCCAUGGUUGGAGGAAAAAUCAUUAUUUUUUUUGUAUCUACUUACAGAUAUCUUAAGCUUAUUUACCAAAGUGUAGAUGAUUUUAUAUAACCUUGGUCUAACUCAGAGGUCCCACUGUCAUGAAGAUCUGGUUUUCCAGGGGUGGUGCAGGACACAGACUGCAGCCAGUUCAAGCAGAAUGUAGUAGUUAAGAUGGGGAGCUGCAUCAGCGUGCGUAGGCUGCAAAGGAACGAGUAAUACAGUAGGUUUAUUCCAUGCGGAAAAGAGAAGGAAGAAAAUGCAACGUUCCGGCCGUGGAGCCGAAAGAAGGCAGAAGGAACCAAAAGGCUGAAUGAAUGCUGAAAGCCGAAAGAACACCUGAAGAAGGGUCCAUGGCCGAAACGUUGUUUUCUUUCUUCUCUUUUCAGCAUGGAAUAAACCUAUUACUUGUUCCCAAGCAGGAUGUAGCCAUGAUGCUGGGAUGGACGCCCCGGUUCUUGCUAAAAGAUCAAGUGGACCUCAAGUGUUGGGGGUCCCAGUCUAACUUCGCAUACGAAAGCAUGUUGUGCAGCGUAUAACCCCGUCGUCACUGUACCGGCUUUUAUAUUCAGCCCCAAAGGGAGGAGCUUCACGCUGGCCCACCAAUACCAACACAGGCCAAAGGAGUGCAUAUCUCCUGCAUGUUUCCGCCUCUUGGAGGCCCAUCGAAGUUCCUCCCAGUAACCCUUCCUUGUCAGCGGCAAGUGGGGGGAAAUUAAACCUCCCCCUGCUGGGCUGUAGGACCAGGAAGCUUCAGAAUUUAAAGUGGGCGCGUUCUGCUGCAGGGAUAAAAGCACACGUGGUUCAGAUCUGCAGUGACCUUGAAUGCCCCGCAGAACUGUUAACAUCAAAGCUCUUUCGCUUUUCUGCUGGUCAUACAGUACAUGUGUGUGUGGGCUGAUGAAGCUCUAACGCAGGAAGAAAAAUGAGCUUUUCAGGGAGUGUCUAAAUGUGAAUAUUUAACUUCUGAUUCCUGUGUGGAUUUGAAAGCAGUAGUCCAGCAGCCACUUGUGGUAGUACAGUAUUUAUUAGAUACUGAUGAAAUGUACAGUAGGUUAUUUAGAAUGGUUUCACUUAUCGGACACAUUGUAAAUGUUCUUUACAGCACAAGAAAAAUCCCGUCUGCCCCUGGACAGGCCAGGGUCAAUCCUGUCACAGCGUAGUACUUAUAACUGCAGAACAAGACACCUGCUGACAAAUGAUCAGGGAUCGCUGGAACAACUAAUGAAUAUUAUGAACAUAUUCUACAUCUGUCCCAAAGCAUUUCCCGUGCUGCUUCUUUUUUAAUUAAUAAAGGAAUUAAUAUGCAGAAUGACUGUAAUGUUCCUUCUUAACUGUAGUGCCCAGAAUAGCAUUAGGAGAUAGAAGAUGUUCAGCAGGGGCAGCUGUGCGCUAUAGUGUUACAGUACAGGUCAGACUGCUCCCUGGUCGUUAAGGUGGUCGACCAGAUGUGUUGCUAGGAGCUUACCUGGACAGGGUUAAAAAAAGUCAGCGGAAUACAUUGUGAAGAAGUGUAAUGCAAAGUGCCAUUUCUUUUUAACAGGCAUCAUUAUUUGUUGUCUGUUUCAUACAGGACCCAUACAUUAUACUGGUCAGAACCUCUCUACAUCAGAUCGUUGCUCAGCAAGUGGUAUCUUAGCCAUUUGUUGCUGUAGUUAAACAGCAUGCAAGCUAAUUCAGCAGGGUCCACUGAUGAGGGUCUGAUGAGCCUGAAUCUGGCCUCCAUAGAAAAGUGCUUCUCUUGCUCUUUAAUUCAGAAUACUGGCAUUCCGUCUGGUGACAAUUUUGAUUUCAUUUAGUGUUUAUCUGCAAAGAAAGGUGCUCACACAUUGUGCUCAAUUUUACUUGGUUAUCUUUUAGAGAAGUGAGCUGCGUAUUUUGUCUCUGAUGUGGCAUUUUGUACAUUUUGUUAGAUCCCUUCUAAUCUGGUAGCACUGCAGUUAUAGUACGUGUCCCACAGAUAACAACCAGCAAGAAACAACAAAGGAAGAAAUCUAAAUAAGCAGAAUUUUGCAGGUUUUGGAUGUGUUUUUCUAGUAGGAAAAGGAGAACUCGCAUGUUUAAAACUACUUUUUUAAUUUCAGCAUUCAAACUGAUUUGUAAUAUGCAGGUUGAAGGUCUUGUAGAAUUAUAGUUAUUCUACAUACAAUCAAUAAAAAAUAAGGUAUUUUUGAAAGGCUUAAAAUGUUCAAAAAUGCAUUAUAAUUAAAAAUCAACAACAAUUCCAUUCUUAAAAGAGUACAAGAUUAAUGCAUUAGGCAGUCCUUUCAAUACGUUCACGUUUAGAACAAAUUGCCAGUCCUGUGGUUCCUAAUGGACUCCCAUGCUGUUGGUCUAAUUCUGUGUUGUUGGCAUAGGAGAAUAAUAUGAUCAUUGGCUAUUGCCAGAUGAGAAAUGGCAAAAUCAAACUUCUCAUUCUUGUUUGUAAUCCACAGCUUCAUGUGUUCAGUCGCGAGAGUCGGAAAGAAAUGGCACAGUAGUCUUCGGGGCAUUUCAGCUGCUGGGAGAGAGGAGGUUAAAACGAUGCUGCCAGACUGCCUCUCUGACAGCUUUAGACAGGAUGACCCUUAGAUUUCAUUUCUCAGUCAGGGCAGGCCAACCUUGUUUGUCAAGGACACUAUCCUGCAAGCUAUACAGAGAUCUGAAAUAAAUGGUAAUUUUGACCCAUUUCAUUCUGUAGCUGAGCCACUGAGUUUAUCAAAUGCUGGGGCUAAACAAAGCCCAGAAGACUCUCCUAGACCGCAGCAGGCCAUGUGAGAAUUCUGCCACGGCCCCGCGAAUUUGUCUUCUCCCUCGCGCCACUGGUCCGGGGAGCAGAACAACAGUGUUAAAGAGAUGGAGGAAGCAAGCAUGUGAACUAGGAAAAUAUUUAUUGGGAACAAAUGUAACAUUAUUGCCAAGCCAAUCUCUCACUUCUAGCAGGCCCGAUGAGAAUGAAUACAAAACAAUCCCUGCCGUUCUUUGAGCAUUUAUUUAAAUGCCAGUUGGUGCAAUUUCUGUGAAUUUUCUGUGAAUAAUGUUUUACAGCCUACUAAUAUAGUAUUAAUGGUAUCCCAUCAUUUUUGCUGCUGCAUUUUAUAGGGUAUCAUACAACGUGCCAAAUUUAAACAGAAUGUUAAUGUCGACAGCAUAAAACUGGGUAGACAGCUAUGGUCUUUAGAGCUGUAAUAAAAGGCCUUUGUUCCACACAAAUACACCGUCAACAAAAACACAAGUUUCUGAAAUUGAGUUUUUAGGCUCAGGCUUCUUUUAGCCAGCCUGUGGUCAUUCAUACUGCUUGAUUCUCUUCAGCUUUAAGAAUAUCUGUAAGGAUAAAAUGCAAACUGUUUGCAUUUUAAUACAGCUUUGAAGACUGUACAUUUGAAAAGAAGGAGAAGAGUUUAAUUCUGUUUUUUUAUUUAGCUAAACCACGCAACUUGGAAUUACACUGGCUUUCAUGUGUUUUGACAGAUAUUGAUGCUUGUAAAAUGUUCUACUUCUGUGCUACAGUAUUUGUUUAAGGUAAUUAGCAUUUUUAAUUUUCCAGUACCAUAUUGCUCUCUCUCUAUUUUUUUAUUUUUAUUGUUCUACUGUAAGCAACUUACAUUAUUUUAUUUUACUUGGUCAAAAUGUGUUCCAAAAUAAUUGGAUUAGUCUGCACCUCACUGCUGUGCUUUUGUUAGUCUUCAGGGUUUGUAAUGAGAAAAUCUGUAAAUCAUCAUUUCCUUCUUUUCAUAUGGUUUCUUUUUUCCACAAAAUUACAGUACAUAUCACAUAUAUUUCACGACCUACUGUAUAAUUGUGUAUGCUAGGUCAUACUGUAUGUUAGAUAUUUCGGAAACAAUUCGGGCUGUUUUUUAUUGGCAGUAAAGCCAGAUUUAAUGUUUUUGCAGGACUUCCUGCUUGACAUUUUGCUAAGACCCUUCAGGGCAUCGUGUCCACAAGCUGCUCUGUGGUGGCGCUCCAAUUCUCAGUCAGUUUCGUUUGCGCUUCUGUCUUUGAAGAUCACUGCUGUUACCUAACACUUUUAUUUGUGAUUGCCAGCAGCUGAUUCACAAGAUUUAAGUCAGGGGGCUAGACAAGCCAUGUGGAAAAGGAAUCCAGCUUCCUUGCAGACCUUUCCCAGCUAGGCUGUGUAGGAAUUGCACUGCAGAAGGAGGGACAUGUGGAAGGCAUUCGUGACGAGGCACACAGGUGUCGUCUGGGGUGUUUGUGGCUGUGCUGGGGUUCCCCCUCACAAAGUGGCAGUGCAGUGUCUGUUUUUUCCCCUUCCUGACACCACCUCAAGGAACUGGGAUCGGUCCACGAGGAAGUCUGAUAUAAUCCCAGUUAAAUUGCUUGAGGGGUGAAUAUACUGUAUUGCUGUUCCUCUGCCGAAAAAACGUCCUAAUUGCUUUCAUCUGACCAAACCUUUGCGAGAUUCUCAAUAGUGACAGUUUUAUACUUGAUUAGACAUUCAGACACAUUUCCUCCCUGAAUCAUGGUUUAUGUCAAAACCUUUUCAGCCACUGCUGUACAUGUAUAUGACUAUGGAAUUUGGGCCUUUUUAGGUUAGUCUGAACUGCACAUGUGGAGUAUACAGUGUUUUUGCAGUUGUGUUUUGGGAGGGCAGGGCCUGUAAAACUAUCUUUUUUGUUUUAUUUAAUUAUUUGGGGGCAUUUUCAUGUGCUUGCUGAGGAAUGUUACAGUAAAUGCACAUAUCAUUCACUGCUUCAACAAAAAAGGUCUUGAAAUGCAUCCAUUCAUACCACCACAUGUAGACUUUAUCCCAGAAAAGGCCUAAGCAAUAAACAGAGCCAAUGGAAGUCAUAGAAAAGAGACUUCUUUUCUUGUGCUAUUAAAUUAUUCCUAACAGAAUUAUGUUCUAUUGACACUAUUGACACUGUGGCCAAGGUUAUUUGUAUAUAUCAUAUAAAAUAUGGUCCAAUGUCACAAAAGUUGACCAUAAACUGUGCAUCCUACAUACUGUAUGAUGCCUUGGAGUUUUGUGUUUGACCCAUCUGGAAACUCUAAAGAGAAUUCUUGAAUUUAUAAGGGAUUGUUAUGUUUUUUCCUACAUAAAAUUCCCUAAAUCUAAUAUAGAGAAAGGAAAAGCCAUCCCCAUCAGAACUCUGAUCUGAUGACUCUAAUCCCACUCUGGCACAGUGAUUCCAAGUCUGAACAAGACUGAUUAUUGAAAACUCUGAAAGGGUCUGUGCGGUGGCACAAUGAUUUCUAAUGUUUCAAGGGCCCCAAUGCUCAUGUCUGUCCAGGAUGUGAACAGCUGGCAACUUGCCUGACCAACCACAGUGCUUGCUUCAGUUUCCAGAGUGACAGCUGGAUUAUAUAACUGCAAAUUGAGUGACUUCUCUUAGAUCACAUUGACUGAAAUCCACCCGGUAGCAUGUUGCGCAUAUUGUUGAGUUUUCUACCAGCUGGUGAUAAAUUUAAAUAGUUCCAAAGACAGAUGACUUUAGAUUUACAGACAUGGUGUUAGUUUAGUGUUGAAGCUGUACGAGAAAGGAACACAGUGAGUUUCUGACUGAGGGCUCAGUGGUUACUGUCAGAGGCCUGUUGACAUCCUGUUUGAUAAUAGUCUGCUGUAUCCCAUUACACUGAGUUUUGAAACAUCAAACACUUUAUUUUCUAGAAACUAGUCGUCAUUUACAAAAAAAAUGUUUGAUCUAUGUGCUUUCUUUAUCCCCAAGAUAUUUUUGCAAGCAUAUGUUCUAGCCUUAAAUAAUUGCUGUGUAUUUAAGCUAUGUUUUAUGAAUACAAAUGGGUGAAUUACAUUGUUUUAUAUAGUGUAGCUUCAUAUUUUGUGAAACUAAUAGAACGUCCUGUCCAUAUCCAAAGCCAUUUGAUCUCAGACACAAAUAUAAAAUAUAAAAACACAAGAACUCAUGUGCCGGGCUCAAGUCUUAGCAUGUUUCUGACAUAAAUCAGAAAAAAAAUAUUUAAAUGAACAGUAAAGAGCUAGUUACCUGUUUUGGUCUGAACAGUUGAUUACUAAUAAAAGCUCAGCAGAAAAUUGUUUAAAACACAAGAGAUGCUUUCCCCCUUUUAAAGGGAGUCAGAAUGUGAAUAUAGUUUCAUAACAAGUACAGUAAGUAUUCCUAGAGUUUGGAAAAGUUGUCUGCUGGCUAUAUUUUAAACAUUGUUAUUGUUAUUUUGUUUUCUGCUUAUUUUCUCUAUCAUUUUGAAAUGAAAGACAGAACAACCCUCAUUUUCUUUCUGUGUAAGGACUGUUUUGCCUUCAGUGACUCAGUUUGUGUUUGGACAUCCACUUUCAUGAGAGUUUUUAAUAUCAUUAAUAAAUAUGAUCAUAUUUUUUAACUUGC